GACCAGGAAGAAUACCAGUGUGAGGUAACUGUCACUUAGGGUCUUCAGGAAGCUUUACUUAGAAAAACAGAAAAUAUAGUGUCUACGCAGGUUUUCAUGUAAAUCACUGACACAAAUUGCUGCACCGUUCUCAGAUAAAGCUCAGGUUUUAAUUGAGAAGCAGUACAAUUGUAGAGACCAAGAUUUCUUGUCUUUACCUGGGGCAUAUGCACCUUAGUGACGUGGAAUGUUAAGUUUCAGUUUUGCGAGGUCGCGAAUGUUUCCUCUAAGGUUUUCAUUUCUCUUUGUUUAGCUUAGGACAUUUCAGAUCCGAAGCCACUGGAGUGUGUCGUGGUAUCAGCUUUCUAUUCAUCUGUGCUAAAUAGACUGAGUGAAGCUUGUGAUCCUGUGAUGUUGGACGGGAAGGCUUGGAACCGAGCUUGCUUCCACCUUUUGGUGUUUGCAUUAUGUGGAGUCAUAACUCACUGCCAGUCUCAAAGCAAAGGCUCUUCAAAGCAGCGGACUCUCUUUUUGGUUGGAAAAACCGGCUCUGGAAAGAGCGCAUCAGGAAACACCAUCUUGGGUCGCUCUGUGUUUAGAGAAGACGCCUCGGCUGAGUCGGUGACAAAAACCUGUGAGAGACGAGAGCAACUGGAAGGAGACAGGAACAUCGUGGUGAUCGACUCUCCUGGAAUAUUUGACACACAUAAAACACAAGUCCAACUCAAAGAAGACAUUGAGCAGUGUGUUAAGCUGUCGGUUCCUGGGCCUCAUGCUUUUCUGUUAGUGAUAAACUUAAAGUCCAGAUUCACAAAAGAGGAAAAGGACACUGUGAAGUGGAUCCAGGAUAACCUUGGCUCUGCUGCUGCUACUUUCACCAUAGUCCUGUUCACUCAUGCUGAUUCGUUGAGAGGUAAAUCUGUUGAGGACUUUGUGGCAGAAAGCAAACACCUACAAACUCUAAUACAGCAGUGUGGAGGAAGAUACCACUCGUUAGUCAAUGGGCUGAGUUCAGACAGAAAACAGGUCACAGAACUUCUGCAUAAAAUAGAUGAAAUGGUUCAAAUAAAUGGGGGAGACCAUUACACCAAUAGUAUGUACAAAAAAGCCCAGAGGGAACUGGAGGAGGAAGAGGAAAGAGCAUGUAGGGAGGAAUACGAGAGGAGAAGACAGAAGGAUAGAGAGAAAAGGGAAAGAGAUAAAAAGUUCGGUUGGGGGUGUAAACUAUUAAGUUUUGCUGCCAAGGGAUUGAUGAUGACAAACUAUUUCUACCUUGUGAAAAUAGGAGGUGCUGUUGACUUCUUGGUUUCUGACUGUGAUCUGAUAGGCUCUGUAUUUUCUUAAAGCAGUAGAAAAUGUGUCUAAAUGAACCAACAUAUACCGUUGUUCAGUGGGUGAACACAACGGUGCAUGUUUAACAGUAAUCGAGCUGGUAACACUGGUAGCUGAUAUCUAAUUUACAGAAUACAGACACAUAAAAUCCUCCCAAUGGAUGUGUAUUGUCAAUAUGAACAAUUCAGGCUCUGAGUUUUGGGUUUCUCCUUCUUAGUUGUUUAUUUUUAAUUAAUAUCAUUUUGUGCAUAUGAACAGUUUCAUCAACGUUACACAGCACUGCUCUUAGUUUUCCCGACAAAACUCAUGCAGUUUAUGCUCUUCUUCGUCUCCGUCAGAGAGGUGCCAAACUUAUCACUAAACUGGUGAACAUGUUUCUGUCUCUGCAGAACUGUUUAUUUAUAAUUUAUUAAUAAUUUUAAAAUCUGACCACCGUUGUAAUCUUUCGCUCUCGUCUCUAUGAGUAAUUGAUAAAAUUACAACAUUUCAUGUGAGAAAUUUUACACAUGAAAGCUGAAAAUAAUAUUACAUUUGUAUCAAGUGGCUUCCUAAAAAUGGGUAAAGUUUCUGCUUAUCAACAGCUUCCAAAAACAAAAACAGUGCAAUACAAAACUUUUUUACUCUAACAGAAUAUAAUUAAGAGCAAACAGGAAAAAAAUGAUGCUGGUCCACAGUUAGAAGUGACUGUAUAUAACUAUUCAAUAUAACUACUUUGGUUCAGAGCUUAAAGAUUAUAUUUUGAGGUAAAACACGUUUUGGGGUAUUCAGGUGGUUUUAUUUUAUCUUUCUGUUCAAAGGAAUUUACUUGCCAUCUUAACAUGACCUAAAAAUGUGACAGGAUGGAAGGUCGACGGUUUAAAAUGUUUAUAGUGUACUAUUUUCUUUCAAUGCAUUUGUUUCUUUCCAUUUUAUGGGUUUAAUCUAAGCUGCACUGACAGUGUCUGUUAUAAAAAUCGGACAUGAUUGGCGUCAGUUUGGUUGCAUUGUUUGUGAAAUUCAGAAUCUUUUUGUUUUGAGACGUUCUCAUUUCAAUUUGCUUCUUCCUGCAUUUCCUAUACAAUUAAACAUUUUCUUUCCCCCCAAA